AAAGUUCAACCAUCAAUGCUUCUUAGAUCACCUUUUAAGACACGAAUUAUCAACAUUUACUCUACAUUAUCUGAAGUUUAGAAAAGUGUCUUGGAAGCUCUGUUUGAUGAUGAUAAAAAUCGUUUUGAUCUAGUAUUUUUAUCCAAAGUUAAUGGAGAGGAUGAUGUUGAAAUCAUGAGAUUUCAACUUGAUAAGCUUUAUACUCACCUUAAAAUUGAUUCAGAAAUCAUUAAUGCUUGGUGUAGUAUUUUGAAUUAUAAUGAGCAAUUUAGAGACUCAAGUUCUCCUGCUUGUUUCUUUUUUAAUCUUACUACUACUGAGUGUCUUGUUCAUUAUGAGAUUGAUUUUGUUAGUCAUCGGAAUGCUAUGUUUCGUGAGGUUGCUGAGAAGUUAUACAGCCAAACUGUUGUCCCAAAGAAGGACAUUCAACUUUUCUUCUUCCUAGUUUACGUAAGAGAUCAAUAUUAUUUGGUAUGUUUCAACACUACCACAGAGCAUGGUAAUAUUGAGAUUAUUGAUUAUAGUGAAGAUUCCAGAGAUCACACACAGCUUUUAAAACAUUUGAGAAGUGCAUUUUGCAAUUUUAUGCAAUAUGAAGGAAAUGUACAGAGCUCUUUGUUGUCAAGCGAUAUCAAGCGCAUGGAGCAUGCUGCAAUUGAUUCUCCUUGGAAGUCUACAGAUAUUAAUCAUUUGCACUGUGGAAUUGCAAUGAUGAGGAUAAUGGAAACAUACAUGGGUUUGUCAAAGUGGCCUUCAGAUUUGAAGAAGAAUAAUGUGAUAAUCAUAGAAAAACUUCGUGUGAAGUACACCUUGGCAAUAAUUUCAAGUGAAAUAAACACAAUUCAAUCUGUCAAAGAAAUUCCUCAAAAGAAGAAAAGGCAGAAGAAAGUUUCUGUUAAGAGUGAAGAAGACAAAGUUGAAGAAGAAAAGGGUGAAGAAGAAAAAGCUUAAGAAGAAAAGGCUACUUGUUAGAGUAACCUCAAUAUUUUGCUUGGUGUAGUGUUGAUUAAUGUGUUGAUAUAGCUUUCUAAGUUUAGGGAAUUAGAGAAACAAUGAUUUAAUCAACUUGUAAAUUGUUAUUUUUUGAAUGAUAUAAAAAUGGUGACUUUUGAUUA